AUGGCUACUUGUCGUAGAAAUCGGAUUGAUAGGCGAAGAAGAAGAUGCAUUAAUGAUGUGACGGAUGAUAUUUUGAUAGAAAUACUGAAUCGAACUGAUUGUCGUUUUGUUAUGCGAUGCAAGUCAGUGUGCAAACGUUGGUUGAAUCUUAUUUCACAGCCUGAUUUUAUCAGAGGCUUCGUCGCGCACCGAACCCAAAACCAACAGCAACCGCGAGAGUCGUUAAUAUUGCACCGCAGAAAUGUAGAGAAUCGUAGUUUAAGCUUCUUAUUUGAUGCGGACGAGAAAAUAUCCAUUAGUUUCUUGCCAGGUAAAUUUAGAGAAAUUGAAAUCGUGGGUUCUUGCAGUGGCUUAUUGUUAUGCCUUGAUGUUAGGAUGUGUGAAUACUACAUAUGCAAUCCUUUUACAGAGCAGUGGGUUAAACUCGGAUGUCUUCAUCAUACCGGCAGCCAUGUAUAUGUAGGUUUUAUUCGCGGCCAAGUCAGCAUGAGUCCAGGUUCUGUGAGUUUUAAGGUGAUCGUUAUUGGUUGUACUUUGUCUAAUGAGGCUCGGACGCGACAUAUUAAGAUGUAUAUUUUUUCAUCAGAAUGUGGAAAAUGGGUGGAAAAGAAAAUAACGUUGGCUGAUGAAAUUGGCAUCUUGGGCACCUCUAGAUCUGCCGUCAUCUACGAUGAAAAGAUGCACUGGCCUACUUCGGAUAACAAAAUCCUCGUAUGCGUUUAUAGAACCAACAAAAUUCACUACUUUGAUGGACCUUCAACUGAUAUUGAGGAAGAAGAAACCUAUCCUGAUGAUGCCAGUAUGCGCCUUCUUCUCGGUCUUUGGCAGAACACGUUACGUUUAUCUCAGAUCAUUGUUUCCGACCUAAAAAUUUGGCAACUAAAAGAUUAUGAGAGUAAAGAGUGGAGUCUGACGCACAAAGUUAACUUGUAUUCGAUGAGUGUGCCUCAUCCAAUCAGGAGUUGGUUGGCAAAAGAACCCUACUAUGGACCGCAUCCACGGGUUCUAAAUUUCUCUCGGGAUGAUCAAGAUGUCGUCUACUUGCAUAUGACUAGAGGUUUUGUUGUUUCCUGCAAUUUGAGAGACGAUAACUGGAAAAUUCUGUGCGAAACAUGGGGUUCUCGCUUCUCUAACAUUGUGGUUCCAUUGUUAGUCCCGCAUUGGCCAACUCCAUUGCCUUCAAUCUCCCGUCCUGCCGUUUCUUUUUAG